UGGUAUGCAGAAGCAUCUCCAUUCUACAGCUGUUGUGAUCUCCCUGAGAGGAGGAGGGAGGGAAGUGAAGAAAUUUGAAUUUGAGAAGAAUUCAAUACUAGACAUCAGCUCAAACAAACGUGUGGUAGUCAUUGUCCUUCAGAAGAGAUUGGUCCUCCUUGAUGCUGGAACUUUUGAAAAGAAAUGGAUCAUAAAAACUGGUUACCGUGGUUCAGAGCUAUGGACUAAUCCUAUAGCACUGGGAGAGAGAUGGUUGGCAUUCUCUGAUUCAAAGGUUCAUCCCCACCUGCUCUCGGUUGGGGGCGUGUCAGAUAGACUCACUCCUCCUGUGGCCUCUACUGUAGUGAACACGGUAAAGAAAGGAUUCAACGCCCUCUCUGAUACACUCAGUGGACUCACUGGCAGGAACUCAUCACAGUCAACAAGGACCACACCCUCUUCUGGUGAAAAUUCUCCUCCUGUCGUUACUAUACUGGACAUUGAAUAUUCUCGUUCUGGAGAAGUGCAGGUGAGUGAAUUGAGGAAGACUGAUGGUGUCUUGGCCCAUUUCCUGUCACACACUAUCAGUGAUACAUACAUUACUAUGCUCAAAUUUAACAGAAGUGGUAAUAUCUUGUUUUCUGCUGAUUCUGAAGGACAGUAUUUUAACGUGUUUCAUAUCUCGCCAAAUCUUCUUGGAUCAAGUGAAUGCAAAGUUGCCCAUCUUUAUUCUCUAUACAGAGGAACAACCACUGGAAUAGUUCAAGAUGUCAGUUUCUCUAACGACAGUCGCUGGUGUGCUGUAUCCACACGUAAUGGUACAACUCAUCUCUUUCCAAUAUCACCUUAUGGGGGUCCAGUCACAGUUCGUACCCAUAAGGUAUCUCACGUGGUCAACCAGUACAGUCGGUAUCACACCAGUGCUGGCAUUGAAGAGGCAGGGACUGGAGGAGGAGGAACUUUUAAUAACGGAGGAACAUCACCACUGAUGAUACCUUCACUCCAGCAAAUAAAGCAACAGUACCUACCAGGUUCCAAAGGUAAUUCACUGGUCAGUGAUGAUGGCACUGAUUACAUUUGUGUGAGAGCUCACUUUGCUCCCAUAACAACGGAUAAUAACAUUAACUCACUUAAACUUAUCGGUAAAAAUCACGCCAAGAAUAAGGCAGAGUACUCUAUCUACAUACUGGGGGGAGACGGUUCCUUGACUGAGUACCUACUGGAACCAAUUGAGAGUACUAACAAUAAUACUGGGGCCGGAGGGGGCGUGGUCAACAAGAGUGAUGAAGAGACUCAAAUCGGAUUGCAGUCGGCACCUAAAAUAACAUGGAAAUUAUUGAGUAAGCCGUUUGAUGCCCCUCCCACUUUAAGUGACGAUAAUCAUCUGAUAUCACUCCACAAACUUCAUCAGGAAAAGAUGCAAUCGCUCGGAGGUGGUUCCAUUUUCUUACCCGAUAAAGAAGGCUGGCUAUCACAAGUUGAGUUACUCUCAUAUGCUCCGCCCACA